GAUGUAGAUUCUUUUAUGAAACAGCCUGGAAAUGAGACGGCAGAUAUAGUUCUUAAGAAGCUGGAUGAACAGUACCAGAAAUAUAAAUUUAUGGAACUUAAUCUUGCUCAAAAGAAAAGGAGGCUAAAAAGUCAGAUUCCUGAAAUCAAACAGACGUUAGAAAUUUUAAAACACAUGCAGAAGAAAAAGGAGUCCACAAACCCGAUGGAGACCAGGUUUUUAUUGGCAGAUAACCUCUAUUGCAAAGCUUCAGUUCCGCCUACAGAUAAAGUGUGUUUGUGGCUGGGGGCCAAUGUGAUGCUUGAAUAUGAUAUUGAUGAAGCCCAGGCUCUAUUAGAAAAGAAUCUUUCCACAGCUACAAGAAAUCUUGAUUCACUAGAGGAAGAUUUGGAUUUUCUUAGAGAUCAGUUCACCACUACGGAAGUCAAUAUGGCUAGAGUUUAUAAUUGGGAUGUAAAGAGAAGAAACAAGGAUGAUCCUUCAAAAAACAAAGCAUAGUGUGGCCAAUUUUAAAUGUGGUCUGUUUCCAAAUACUUUUUUUUUAAUUAUUAUUAUUAUUGUUGUUUUAAAUGCCCCCAAAGUUCAUCCUUAAGGGACGGAGUUUAAUCACUUCAGUAAAUGAUGAUAAAAUAUAUAAAAAAUGAAAAAUAAUGGCAAGCACCAUUUUAUUUAUUUGUAAACUCAAAAUUUGGUUUCAUGCAUGCUUCAGGAAAUGAUUAAUUAUUUGCAGAGAUGCCACACAGUCCAACAAGGAAUGUAGCAUUUUUGACCAGAUCAGUCUGUUUGCCAUAAGUAAUUUCUUACCUGAAAGUUUGUCUAAAAAUGUAAGGUGCACAUAUGGAACUGACUCCAGGGCAUUUGAGCAGGUAAUUUGUAAUGUACGGGUUUGCUUUUUUCCAUCUUUGCUGAUGUGUUAUACAUACUUGCUGAGGUUAAAAAUCAGCUUUGUGUGGGGAAAGACAUGCAGCUGUCACUUUGGCAAAUAGGAUUUUGCUGCAUUCACCCCCAGUUGUGUUUCUUAGUUGAUUAUUUCUUCAGCAGCAUCAAUCAACAAUCAUUCCCAGAUAUCCACUGUGGAUGAACUUGAUUUUACUUAUUACUGGUUAACAACUGCCAAUUGAUGGACUUCCUGCACUUUACACGAGACGAUUCAUGGUCUGCCUUCAGAAAAGAACAGUGAUCUUAAUACAUUCAGUAAACAGCACAAGCUAUGUCAAGACUGCACGUGGCCUCACCCGUGCCCCUUUCACACAUGCACGCAUUGUUUAUCUUUGCAAACCUAUAGACAGUUGGACACCAGAAUGCUAAUAGCCUGUACUACAAGAAACAAACCCAUUUACAAUCCCUUAGACAAAUGCUGUCUAGUACCAAUGUCUUAACACUGUUGGAAAGCCUCCCAAAAGGUGAAACCUGUAUUUAAAUAUAGAUGGUCUACUAGAGCACACCUUCUGUUGCGAAUGUGCAGAAUAUUUUUUUCAGUUAUAAUGAAACCUCACAGGAUUUGUUGCCUUUACCUCUGCAAUUUCAUCCUACAACAAAAUGCACAUGUGGUGGUCAAAUUAGUGGAUAGUAUUUGACAUGGAGUUACUGAUGAUACAGGUUUCACCACAAAAUAAAUGCAAAUGUUAACUGUUAUAUCUUCAUGUAAUAAACAAUAUACCUGUAAAGUUUU